AUGAUUUUAAUUGCAUUAACAAUAAUUGUGCUGGUUGCUUUGUACUUUUACGGUACUAGAACUUUCAAAUAUUGGGAGAAGAAAGGAGUGAAAAACGACAGACCUUUACCCUUUCUUGGAAACAAUGCAAGGAAUUACCUAAUGCAGAAGAGCGCAACUGAAUUGGCCGCUGAGGCUUACUGGAAGUAUCCGAAAGAAAAAGUGGUUGGCUUUUACAGAUCAACUAAGCCCGAAAUUGUUCUAAGAGAUCCGCAGUUAAUAAAAAAAGUACUGACGUCGGAUUUCUAUCAUUUCUAUCCCCGUGGCCUAAAUACUCACAAAACUGUGGUUGAACCAAUGUUGCGCAACCUGUUUUUCGCUGAUGGUGAUUUGUGGCGACUGUUACGGCAAAGAUUGACUCCAGCUUUCACAACAGGAAAGCUACGUGCUAUGUUCCCCCUGAUUGUGGAACGUGCUGAAAGACUGCAAUUGCGUGCGUUGCAAGCGACUGAGCAAAGUGGGGGUGUAAUUGAUGCGCGGGAUCUCAUGGCGCGUUAUACAACUGACUUUAUAGGAGCCUGUGGCUUUGGCUUAGAUGCAGACUCACUCCAGGACGACGACUCUGAAUUUAGGAGACUUGGUACAAAAAUAUUCCAAUUAGGUAUCAGGAACGUGGCAACCAACUUCUUGAAAGAACUAUUUCCUGAAACCUUUAAACAUCUCAAGUUUCUUGGCAACGUGGAAAAAACUAUUAUGCGUCUCCUAAAAGGGGUACUAAAGCAACGAAACUAUGAGCAAUCGAAAAGAAACGACUUUGUGGACUUGUUGAUAGAAUGCAAGAAGAAGGGCACCAUAGUAGGAGAGUCGAUUGAACGCGUAGGAGCAGAUGGAAAAGCGGCUCGCGCGGAAUUGCAUGUUGAUGAUGAAUUAUUAGCUGCUCAGAUGUUCGUAUUUUUCGCAGCAGGUUUUGAAACUUCGUCGUCAGCUACCAGUACUGCUUUAAAUGAAUUAGCCCACAACAUACAUGUGCAACGUAAGGUCCAGCUAGAAAUAGAUAGAGUUUUAGCUAAGCAUGACAAUAAAUUAACCUAUGAAGCCGUUAAAGAGAUGACAUAUUUAGAAUGGACAUUUAAGGAAGCUAUGCGAGUAUUUCCAUCUUUAGGAUUUCUUAUACGUGAAUGUGCACGCAAAUAUACUUUUGAAGAUUUGAAUUUAACGAUCGAUGAAGAAGUCUCAGUUAUAAUUCCACUACAGGCAUUACACAACGACCCGAAGUAUUUUAAUGAACCACAGCAGUUCCGCCCUGAACGUUUUGAUCCUGAUGUAUUGAAUGGUGAUCAAUAUAAAAAUGUCUACUUGCCGUUUGGUGAUGGUCCCAGAGCUUGCAUAGGUGCACGUCUCGGAAUGAUGCAAUCACUAGCGGGCUUGGCAGCGGUAUUAUCGCGGUUCUCUGUGUACCCUGCUCCAGGAGCGCCUCGUUAUCCUCGUGUAAACCCUGCUUCUGACAUCGUCCAGACUGUAGUUGGUGGAGUCCCUUUGACCUUUAAACUCCGGGAAUCGAAUGGGCCAAUUAUGAUUGAUAAAACCGGUUGUAAGAUCUAA